GCCAUCUCUAUCAGCUACAGCUCUCCCUUUACUUCUAUCCACCUCACCCUUAACUCUUCUUCAGGAUGGAGUGCGCUUUUGCAAUCACAGGGAAAGACUUUGUCCUCAUCGCCUCGGACAUGUCGGCUGGACGAUCAAUUAUCCAGAUGAAGUCGAAUGAGAAUAAGAUCACACCCGUCGGUCCUAAUCUUGCCAUGGCCUGUGGUGGAGAGCCUGGAGAUACUAGUCGAUUCGCCGAUUAUGUGGAUCGGAAUUUACGAUUGUAUCAUAUCAGGAACAAUUUUCCUCUCCCACCUCCCUCCGCCGCAUCAUGGGUCCGUAGAAUCUUAGCAGAAUCUAUACGUUCCCGUUCCCCUUACGCUGUAAACGUCCUCCUCGGAGGGUUCGACACAACCACUUCCAAACCUCAUCUUUAUUGGCUCGAUUACCUCGGUACUAAAGCCGACAUACCUUAUGCAGCUCAAGGUGUAGGAAUGUAUGUGACAUUGAGUACGAUGGAUAAAUGGUGGUAUGAGAAUAUUGAGAGACGUGAAGCUUUGGAUGUUUUAAACAAGUGUGUGGAUGAGGUUAAGAAACGUGUAACCAUCAAAUUUGAUUUCAACUGCGUCCUCAUUGACAAAGAUGGUGUUCACUCUCUCGACCUAAAAUCUCAAGAUCCCAUCGCAGAGUUAGAAGCAAAAGUGGCAGCUAUGAAACCCUCAGACCCUGAACCUAUCAUACCGUCCUCUGACGCUCCUGCCAUUGCCGCCGCAUAAGAUAAUUGUAUAACGUCGCAUGCAUUUUGUAUAUACC